CGACACUGACAGAGCAGAAGUAUUUGCCUUUUGCAUGCCAAAAAUUUGUUUUAUUUAAUCAAUGGAUAGUCAGAAGAAAGAGUGUAAGAUGAAGAAGCAAAAGAAGCGAAGGAAGAUAAUCAAAGAGAUAGAUUCAGAAGACUGGUGCUUCGUGUGCAAAGAUGGCGGAGCGCUAAUGAUCUGCGACUACGGGGAUUGUCUAAAAGUUUACCAUCCGGAAUGUGUGGGAGAGGAUGAUUCAUGUGUAAAGACUAAAGUCCACUGGAGUUGCGAUUGGCAUUCUUGCUUCUUAUGCUAUAAGGCUGCAAAAUUUCAUUGCUUUUGCUGUCCAAAUGCCUUAUGUGGAAGCUGCAUUGAUGUUGCUGAGUUUGCCCCUGUUAGAGGGAAGAAAGGAUUCUGCAACGACUGCUUGAAGCUUGUUCUACUUGCAGAACAGAAUGUGGAUUAUGAUUCUAAUGUGGGAAAGAUAGAUUUGAAAGACCGAGAGACGUAUGAAGGUCUAUUUAAGGAAUAUUGGGAUAUAAUAAAGGAAAAGGAAGGCCUGACUGUUGAUAAUGCGUAUUUCGCCGAUGCCCAAUUAAAGAAGAAGAGAGAGGACCACAAGUGCUACUCCAAUUCAGUUAGAAUUGGCGAGGCCAAGGGAGAUAAUAAAUUGAUAAUCCAUGAUUGUUACAUCAGUGAUAUAGAACAGCAGAAGGCAAUGGGAAAAAAGAGGGGUUCCAAGGCACUACAAUUUAUAGGAUGGGGAUCAAAACCUCUCAUUGAGUUCCUCACAUCCAUUGGUAAGGAUACAACCAAACAACUCUCGCAGUAUGAUGUGGACUCUAUCAUAUCAGGAUACAUCCAAGAGAAAAAUCUUUUUCACCCAAAAAAGAAGAAGAAGAUUCUUUGUGACAAAAUGCUCUAUUCUAUAUUCAGAAAAAGAUCACUGGAUAAGUACAAAAUAUAUAAUCUUCUGGAGGUUCAUUUUUCUGAGAAGUUGGAGCAAUCAGAAGAGGAUGAUGAUGAGGAUCAAGAUGAAAGCUUUUUGGUAGAGAAAAACAAUGAAAAUGAUAUGGUUGAAUGUAAGAAACAGAAGACAUCAAGCUCGUCUAGAAAAUAUCAGGAAAAGGAAGUCAAUUUUACAGCCAAGCAAAGCUGCUUUGCAUCUAUAGUUGCUGAUAACAUCAAACUUGUCUACUUAAGAAAAAGCUUAGUAGAAAGGCUACUGAAGCAGCCUGGAAGUUUUGAACACAAGGUAGUGGGAAGUUUUGUGAGAGUCAAAACAGACCCUAGAGACUAUCAGUACUGGACGUCUCAUAAACUCUUGCAAGUUAGAGGCAUAAAGAAAAUCUCAAGUGAAAUUCUCCUGCAAGCAGUUAAUGCACCAAUAGACAUUCACAUUGCUAUGCUUUCUGAUGGUGACUUCACUGAGGAAGAAUGUGAGGAUUUGCGAAAGAUGGUUAGAACCGGCCUGCUAAAGAAACCUACUAUUGUGGAGCUUGAACAGAAGGCAAGAAGUCUGCAUGAGGAUAUAACAAAGCAUUGGAUUGAGAGGGAGCUAGUCAAACUACAAAGCUGCGUUGAUCGGGCAAACGAGAAAGGAUGGAGAGCAGAAUUAUUUCAAUAUUUAGACAGAAGAGAAGUGCUCAAGAAACCAUCAGAACAGGAACAGUUAUUAAAGCAGGCGCCGAAGGUCAUUGCAGAACUUGAAGAGCUCAAAUCUGAUUCUGCAGACUCCUUGGAAAUCAAUGAACAAAAGGGUUUUUGCUCGGAUUCGUCGUUGGAAUGUGAAAACUCCCAAUAAUUAUCGCUGCUUCACCUGGUAUAUGAGAAAAUUUUGAAACUCGUUUGGUUACAAGAGGUAUCAGAAGGCAACUAACUCUGUCAUUUCAAGUGCCUGAUGGCCAAAUGUGUAGUAGUUGAAGUUUCUAAGAUAGAUGUUUUUCUUUUUCCUUGUAAAAUAUGUUUGCUGUUUCCUUGUAAAAUGUCUCUUGUGACCAAGGAAAAUUUCAUCUGCACAGUAUUGAUGUUUGCUUAUUAUCUUGCAGUUGUCAAGAUUUGAAGAAUGCCUUGUUUGCAUUUUAUACAAACAUGUGCACAAUAUUGCAUUUUGUUGAAUAUUUGGCUAGAAAAUGAUCUUGAAAGUCUUCUUAUUCAUCAA